UUUAAAUGUUAUAUUCUGUCAGUCAGAGACGCUGAAAAAAUAUUUUGAUUACAAAACCAAAGGAGAAUUUGUUAUAAUGAUACGAGAAAUGAGAAACAGCGAGAAGAUUUUGUAAAUCGACGUAAUGGAAAAAGUAGCGCUCGGUGCAAAAAUCUGGAAAAAGCGAUAAAACUUAAGAAGCGAUUUCGCUUAAACAUUUAGACAGCAUCUGGAAGGGAAACUAAUGAAAAAGUGCCGUGUGACAUAUUCAGGGAGUACUAGUUUUUGAAAUUUGAGUUGGCUGUGACACGGACUUUAGAUAUUUUAUAAAGUAGUACAGUGACGACUGUGAUCUAAAUGAUAGACAGUUCCUUAAUGAUUAUUUAACUACUUGGUGCAAACCCACUUCUUAUUAAUGGACGCGCGUAAUAUGAAAGUUGCGUUUUUUUAAAUGUUAUCUCAAAAUCAAGUUUUCAUUUGUUCAUUUAUAAGGUGUCGUGUAAUCAAGAAUAAUUUUGUGUAUAAUUAAAGAUCACCUAACGCCUUUUUGACAGACAGAGGUUGAGAUACCAGUAAACAAUUAACAAAGAAAAAAAUGACACUCAUAGAGGAAAGGAGAUUUUAAAGUAAGAUUUAACAAACAAGUCAGUGUUUUGGACUGAUGAACUUUUUCUCACAAAUUAAGAAGAAAAAACUUUAAAAAGAAGUAGCGCCUAAUCUGAGGUCUGACAGGCGCUUCUUAACCAAACAUUGCGCCCAACCACCGGCUAAGAUCAAAUUUCUGCGGAACUGUCGGAAUUAAUCAAGCGCCUACAGGAUUCAGAUGUUAUCGUCUGCAUCAAAAGAAGGGCAUAUCAGUUUGACACGAAAAUAUUUCUUUCUUAUAUUGCAACGUUUAUAUCGUUGUAACUGACAAAAUUUCAAAUUGAAAGAAUUCUAGUGGUAGUAUAUUGUUUGAAGGACGUGAGUUUAUAAAUAUACCGGAAAUACUGUGACAUAUCGUCCGGAAAAAUAACAGUUUAAAUAUCGUAAAGUAUUCAUGUUUGAACGGAUUGCUGAAAAAGUAGAAAAUUUAUUUAUUUUUCAUGUAACUGAAUACUGUAACGUUUGAACAAAUUUGCAAUAAACAUUCAAAACGUGUUGAAUAAUUUUGCUGUUAAAGUUUUAUUCCGUUGGUGAACAAACAGGAAUGACCACAUAAAUGUCCGACAUGAUUUUCGGACAAGAACGAUACCUCGCGCAGGCGUACUCGGACAUGACGGAGUUCUAUCAAGUGCAUUUCCGACCGGGAAACGGGCCAACUUUGGGACCGUUUGGAGAUAUACCGCCGAUGUUACAUGAACAACCUACGCCGACGACCGUCGGGAGUCCGAACCCGGCGAUGUUGCCAUCGUUUGGAUUCACACAGGAACAGGUAGCGUGCGUGUGUGAGGUGUUACAGCAAGGUGGAAAUAUUGACAGACUAGCACGGUUCUUGUGGUCACUUCCGGCUUGUGAACAUUUACAUAAAAACGAAAGUGUGUUGAAAGCAAAAGCAGUUGUUGCGUUUCAUCGCGGAAACUUUAAGGAAUUGUAUAAAAUUUUGGAAAGUAAUAAUUUUUCACCACAUAGCCACCCGAAAUUGCAAGCGUUGUGGCUUAAAGCUCACUAUAUUGAAGCGGAAAAGUUGCGAGGUCGACCACUCGGGGCUGUCGGCAAGUACCGUGUCCGACGAAAGUUUCCUUUACCACGAACAAUUUGGGAUGGAGAAGAAACAAGUUAUUGUUUUAAAGAAAAAUCAAGGACUGUCUUACGUGAGUGGUAUGCACAUAACCCCUAUCCUUCUCCUAGAGAGAAACGGGAGUUAUCUGAAGGCACCGGACUAACGACGACGCAAGUUAGCAAUUGGUUUAAAAACCGACGACAAAGAGAUCGAGCUGCGGAAGCAAAAGACAGAGAAGGAUUGGACAAAGGUCACCAUGGCUUGGGUCUGAACUCACCAAUGUCCAGCGAGAAGAGUGGAGAUAGUAACGACGGUAUGAAUGGUGAAAUAAAGCAAGAACCGGACCUUCAGUCGCCCCAAUCUGUGUAUACUGACCUUCAGAAAGCACUUCCGGGUGGUACGAUCAUGCCGGGCAUUGAUAUGCAAAAUAGCAAUAAUACCCAUAAUUCCCAUGCACAACAUCCGGUUGUUUCUAUGAACAAUGGUUCCUCACAUCAGCAUCAUGGACACGAUAUGGGGCAAAUUUUACAGGAGUACCAGACAUUAUGAGAUUAUUAAUAUAUUUACGAUGGUGACCGAAAGUUACCGACUAUAAAUAUUGAGAGUUAAACCUCGAGAUGAAAUAAUACCAAAGAUUAUGAUGUGAUGAAGAAGGUUUGAUUGUACUGAGUGUAUGUUUAACUUGGAUUCCGUCUCCAUGGUUCAGACACUUGACGAGUGCCAUAUCGUUUAUAGACGACGUCAUUAGCUUUUAAUGACAUCAGAGUUUAAGGACAAUCAGAUUUCGCGCGCUGCCAUGACCAUAUCUAUUUAUAGAAAGAAACGUUAUUGACCUCGUGACGCUAGAUUAGUGCUUUCCCCCUGUUACGUCUUUUAUGUCCUUAUUAUUCACAUUUGCAAAGAAUUCCAGAGAUAUAUCUGUGCCAUAACCAUUAGACAUGACUGUAAAACUCAUUAUAGAAUAAGGGUGUCAUGAGAAACAGAUUUUUUUCAUGAGAAAUGUGUCUUGUGGUUACAUUUGUACCAUCGAAUGUAACACUGAAAAAAUUAAAAGUAACUCCCUUACAAUGUCACUCACGGAUUUUACUUGGACAGACGGUAAUACACGCCUAACGUAGAUAGAAUAUCCGUGAGAUGUUCAUUACAUUUAAAGAUAAUUUAAUACAAUUUCUGCUAUUGCUACGUUUCGUUUUAGAAAUAUGAUCUAGAAAAAUGAAUGGGAGUGUAACUGUGAAAUUAGAUAAGUAUUUCCUUAUUCAGCACAUGCAGGCUAUGGCGAACAAUUCUCCCACUCAUUAUAUCUAUUUUUGUAUUCAAAAAUUUUAAAUUCAAAACGUAGAAUCAGAUUAUUACAUGUAAUUUAUUAAAAUAUUAAAAACUUGAAUUAAAUCAAUUACCUAAUUAAACUUACACUAUAGCAUGUAUACAGACGUAUUGUGAGAUUUUACGCAUGAAGAGGGCAAAACUAAUUCACACUACAUCAGUAUUGAUAAUAUAUUUUGGGUAAUUUUGUUGCGUGUUAAAAUACAUUUAUUGGUAAGAAUGUUUUCUUUUUCUUCUAGGCUGUGUGAUUUUUCUUUUCGGGUUUUACGAGUAGCGAAUUCAUAGCUUUAAUGUCAUACACAAUAAUUUUGUUGUACCAGUUUGCUAUUAAUUUGUUCUACAUUAUUAAAAAAUCAUAAUUUCAUUGAAUUUGCAAUGAAUUCAUUAGAAUAUGUAUACGAUGGUUCAAGUUGUUUUAGACAAGUUUAUUUAUAUUAAAUUAUUUCAUUUACACCAGAAUUUUACAUAUAUUUGUCAUAGUAAAUAAAACAUUGGCAUACAUAAUCACAUUAACAAUUAUCUUUGUGAGUUAAUUAGUAGCAAACCGGAUGCAAAUGCUUUAUAUGUAGCGGUCAUUUUGAAUGACUGUAAAACUUAUGUUGCACGAUGACCGAUUUAGAAUGAUGAAAUAGUUCAUGCAUAGAUUAUUCUAAAUUAUGACAUCUUUAAAUACGAAUAAAAUUUGUUAUGUU